AUGGUCAUAUCGUCACAUCAUCGCCCAACUUUGCAACGGCAUCACCAACCUGUUACGCAAGGGCGCAUAGGUGUUCCUUCGGAUCGACGUACUAUAUUCAUUGAGACGGAUACCACUCCAAACGCCGAUGCCCUUAAGUUCAGACCGAACCAUCCGGUACUCCCUGAAGGCUUUCCAGUUUCGUUUCUUGAGUACUUAACACCACGAUCUACGCUCCAACCGCCUCAUCCCUCUCCGCUAGCAGCAAAGCUUCUCAACGUCGAUGGCACUGUAUCUGUAUUUUUUGGCUCAGACUUUAUCACAAUCACUAAAGAUAGUGAUGCCAACUGGGCCCACAUCAAGCCAGAGGUGUUUAGCCUAAUUACCGAAGCAAUCACAACUGGCGAACCAUUGGUAAACAUUGUCGAAGCCAAGCCAGGCAAGGACGGUGCCGAGGAAGCGGAUGGAGAAGAGGCAGUACGAUACAACGAGGAAGAUGAGGAAAUUGUUGGGAUGAUCCAGGAAUUGCUGGAGACCAGGAUCCGACCCGCUAUCCAGGAGGAUGGCGGAGAUAUCGAAUUUCGCGGAUUCGAGAACGGAAAUGUCAUGCUAAAGCUUCGUGGUGCUUGCCGAACGUGUGAUUCGAGCACAGUGACCCUGAAGAAUGGCAUUGAGUCUAUGCUCAUGCAUUAUAUCGAAGAAGUGAAAUCCGUUACACAAGUAGUUGAUCCAGAGGAAGAAAUUGCUGCGAAAGAAUUCGCACAGUUUGAAGAAAAACUAAAGCAGCAAAACGGGCCAGCUGCUACAACCUCGCAAGGAUAG